GUAGUCCAGUCACGUGACCUAGCGCCCGCGAAACUCGAGUAAACAAGCUGUCUCUUGAUCUUUUUCGAGCAAGGCAAAGUGAAUUGGCGAGAAUAUGGAUGUUGGCAUCGGGGAGCAAGAUGAUGAGGAUAGAGGUGUUCUUAAGAGAGCAGGCAUCACAGAGAGCAUGCUUGAGCAGGAUCCCUGCACUCUGAAGAGAACGGCACCAUCCGACUUCACGAAUGAGCUGGUCAUCGAACUGCGGAAGUUCCACGGCACAGUAUCGCUGCGAAUGGUUGAUCAGCUGAAGUACUUGGUGCCAUCUGAACUUCUCCCAGACAUCAGCGACUGCAAGGACAGCUCCCUUCGCAGCAGGGCAGAGACUGUCUGGAAGGAGUACCAGAAGCUGAACCGGCACACGAAGAAAGACAGAAAAGAGGUGCUGGCGGACUUCCAAAACACCCCGUUCAGCCUACCCAGGACCAGAACCCAAAGUGAACCUGUGCCAUCGACAUCUGCCACCCAGAGCAAACUCAAACAGGCACAAAAAGACCUGAAGUACUUCAAAAGAAGAUGCGCACAGGCCGAGCGCAAAAAUGAGGAACUAGAAGAGCGAUGUGAGUGGCUUACUCAACAGUGCUACUCGACCAUAUCAGAGCUCCACACAAAUGUAGAACAAUUCAAGAAAAUCAUUGCAGAAAAAUCUUCACAUGAGUCUGAGGUCAGCAAAGACCUCGCUGAGGUAAACAAGAGAAAUGCUGAACUGACAACAAAGGUUGACAAUCUGCAGGUCCGCCUAAAGGCCCUUGAAAAGACCGGAACCGUAAGAAACGUGAACAAAAAACUAAAGAGAUGAGAAGAAAGUCUUCAGAAGAAGGAAGAAACAAUAACAGAGCUGCAAACAGCUAUCAGAGCUAGCACUGAUGAAGUAGACUCUAUGUUAAGAGAAGCCAGAGUCAUUGUUAGUAGAGGUACUAGUACAUGAUAUGUUGCCUUGGUAUUGCUGUGUGAAUGUGAACGUGCAUGAACUAUUAUAAUGUUGCUGCAGUGCCCUACUCUGUAGACUGUACACAUGCCCGUAGCCAGGAUUUUGAAUGGGGGGGUUCUUCCCACUGCUUGACGGGACC